AUGGAAAUAAAAAGUCCUGAAGUUUCCAUGAGUGGCGAUACUGAAAUUGAUCUUCUCGCUCGGGUAGAAUGGAACCCUUUGAUGUCCUUUGUUCUCUACAACGACCCGACGCGAGUUAGACAAUCGUUAGCCCUGGGUUGGACCGUUGAGAACAGCUCACAACAGGGAAUAACAGCGUUGAUGCUGGCUGCUGAACUAGGCAACACUGAGGUGUUGGAGGUGCUGCUGGUGGCCGGUGCUGGUGUGGAUGUAGCGAGUCGUGACGAGUGGACGGCGUUGAUGUUUGCUUCGAGAAAUGGAAGCGUCAGGUGCGUGGAGGUGCUGGUGGAAUGGGGAGCCGAUGUGAAUUACGCUACAGUGUAUGGUUUAAAUUCGGUGAUGAUUGCGGCAGAGCACGGUCAUGAACGGGUUGUGAGGUUGUUGUUGGAGGCAGGGGCGGAGAGGGAUUUUAUUAAACUAAGUGGGUGGAGCUUGCUGAUGGCGGCGGCGAGAUGUGGGAACGCGAGAGUUACGAGGAUGCUGGUGGAGGGUGGGGCUGAGGUUAACGAGACGACAACACAGGGGGUGACGGCGCUGAUGGUGGCUACAAAGUUCGGGAGGUUGGCUGUGAUGUACGGGCUGCUUCACGCUGGGGCGAACGUCGAUGUUUAUAACGUCGAAGGGUGGUCAUCGCUGAUGUACGCUGCUGAGAGUUGUAACGUUGAAGCUGUGGAGAUGCUGGUUGAUAGAUUGGCUGAUGUUGAUGUACGAGAUAAUAGAGGUAACAAUGCACUAAUGGUGGCGUUAUCCCGUGGUGGUUCUGACAUUGGUUAUAUUCUGAUACAGGCGGGGACGAAUGUAAACUUUCAAAACGAUAUAGGAUGGUCAGCGUUAAUGUAUGCGUGUGUUAAUAAUGAAUCGGACUUAGUCUUGUAUCUGAUUGAUGAAGGAGCAGAUGUGAACUGCGCGUCAAAGAAAGGAACGACGCCGUUGAUGAUUGCAGCAGAUAACGACGGGUAUGAUUCGGUUCUGGUGCUGGUCAACAGAGGAGCGAAGAUCAACUCCAAGGAUGAUUUAGGCUGGACAGCUUUGAUGUUCGCCUCCAAGAAGGGUCAGGUUGACAUUGUGACCUUGCUGUUGGACAGAGGGGCGGGUGUAAACACGAGCAACAUCAUGGGAGCCACCGCCUUGGCCAUCUCUACCGGACAUGGUCGGUUGGAGACGACGAGGGUGUUGUUACAACACGGGGCUGAUCCUAAUCUUAUGGACAUCAAUGGAAAACCCCCGAUGUUUUAUUUGUUUAAUGAAUCUAAUACUGAUUUAGUGGAAUUGUUGUUACAGUAUGGAGCUAAUGUGAACCAAGUGUCUAAUGAUAAUGUUACUCUGUUAAUGAAUGCAUCACACUUGGGGUAUAAAAGGAUCGUUCAGGUUUUAUUGAGAUAUUCGGCGGAUGUGAAUAAGCAAGAAAUUCGAGGUUGGACAGCGUUGAUGUAUGCAGUCCAGGCGAAUCGUUGUGAGAUUAUUUCUUUACUGCUAGGAGGCGGCGCUGACGUCAACACGGGCAAUGCCCUAGGUGGCACUGCGUUGAUGAUCUCGGCUUUUCAUGGUCACGUGGACAGUACCCGUCUGCUUCUCUCCCACGGGGCAGACACGGAACGAGCAGACAACCAGGGACAGACGGCGUUGUUCUACGCCGUAUACGGGAAAAAAACGGAACUUAUGAAGCUUUUGGUUGACCACGGCGCAUGCGUGAAUCACAGGGAUAAAAGUGGCCGGACAGCCUUAAUGAUUGCUGCGGCCAGUGGUCAUGUGACCACCGUGGAACUGUUACUGCAACACAACGCCGAUGUCCAUCUGCAGGACAUUGCAGGGUGUCCAGCGGUGAUGUACGCCACAGUCAAAGGCCAGUCAGACAUCGUUCAGCUUUUGCUCAACCGCGAAACAAACUUGAAUACUGUGAUACAGCAGUGCGUCCUGUUGAGUAAAGUAGCAGGUCAAUUAGGGUUCAAUGAAUUGAAAACUGACAUCAAUCAAAUUUUACACCAGGCGUGUUUAAAACAAUUAAAAUUAAACGGGUUGACCGUUGCGAAGUUGAUAUGUAAAUUAGUUUUUAAAGUAGUUUUGAAAGUGACAAAAGAAUGUGAGUCUGAUAUAGUUUCAUAUUUUAUUUAAUGCUUACCUAUAGUUUGAAACGAUAAUUUAAAUAAUUGUUUAGUAUUUUACUAAUUAUACUUAUAUAUAAUCUGUUGAUCAGUGUGGUUGGUAGAACGCACGACCGCAACAUGGAAGUCUCGAGUUCGGAUCCCAAAAAAGAAUCUGUAAAAUG